AAUAAGAAGUGGCGAGCGUAAUGGCGGUGCAAUCGAGUGUCAGUGUGUCGUUAAACCUUAAGCAGCGCGCAUCGGCGCGUCUCAAAAGUUUGCGUGUGCGAAGUGGCUGACGAACGUGAGAUGUCGUGAAAAUUCGCAGCGAUGCGCGCCUCAAUGUGCCCCAAGCGAUUGCUGCUCUAUUUUAUCUACGGCGCCUUCACUGUUUCCGUUCUUUUUGGCUCCAAGAUGGCAAUCGAGGGCCUGCCUUUGCACAGACAGGAGCCCGAUAGCGAUCAAGACAUCCUUGCCGGAGCUGACUUCCUAUCAGUCUUCUUAGAGUCAUCCCUGAGAAGAGCUUACGCAGAAACAACUCCCACUCCCACUCCUCUCCCCACCACCACAAUUCUCGUAGCUGUAGAAGAAGAGGCUCCAAUUUAUACAACCAGAAGAAGCAAAAGAAACUCCCACAGUCCUUUCCAGCAGCACGGCUCUUUGACUCAAAGUACAGAACAAUUUAGUGUUAGUGACUCUAGUACCGAUAGAGAUGGGGUUGUAGCUAUUAGUGUAUCUACAUCAGUUGGAAGAUCUACAAACAAUAUCUACAGAAGAAGAACGACGGUGCAACCGUCCCCAACGUAUUUCUCUUCGGAACAGCAUCCUAGCUUGGUAGCGAAAGCUAGUAAAAGUGAACUCAGUGCGGAAGAAAGUGAACCUAUAACUAAAGAUAGUGAAGUAGCUUCGGACUACAGCAGAGGCUACCAAGCUAGUGUAAGAGUUAUACCAGAUUUUGAUCAAACUUCUUCAUUCAUAAAUCAGAACUUACCUCAGGGUAACAAACCGUUCCAGCCAACCGUUAUUUAUCAUGAUAACUCCGGAGAGGUUAAUAGUGCUAGAUCAGUAUCAUAUAGUUCGAUAAUACAAGCCAUACCUCAAAUACCGAUAGAAGUAGAUAAAUCAGAGCCUCACGAAAGACGAGAAAGGAAUUACAAUGAUGCCAAAACUCCGUACUCUAAUAGUUUCGAUAGUAGCGAAGAAAAGAGAAAACAAAACGAUACUAGACCUUCGACUUGGCAAAAAACAGAUCCGGUCCAACAAAAGACGACGCAGAAACCGUGGCAGAAUCAAAGAGUGUUUACACCGACGACACCUCUACCGGUCGAGCUGCCGAAGGUCUAUGGUCAACCAGAGCAGAACUACGAAGUAGACGAGGCUUUAAGCGUGGUGACUAACGGUAGGGCUCACGGGGUCCAACCCACCAAACCAGAGAAGAAACCUGACGAUAACCAGAAGUUCGGGUAUGUGGUGGAAGGAAAAAAUUACAGAAAGUACAGAGUCGAAGAAAGAACUGCCGAUGGUUUCAUUGUCGGCGAAUAUGGAGUUGUUAGUCACGAUGACGGUUCUUUAAGAGGUGUUAGGUACACUGCUGAUGGUACCAUUAAUCCGCGGUUGAUUUCGGAAGCUCUGAUGAAAUUUUUAUCUCUGUGAUUUUUUUGUUUUACUCUGGUUCUUGCAUAACUUUAAUCAAUGUUCUGUUUAUAUAUUUUGAGAUUUGUGAAGUAAAGAAUGUUGUCACUUUUAAUAAACUUAAGAUAAUCUAAAUCACAGCUUGCCACUGCUUAAUAAGGUGCGAAAGACAAGUUUUCAGCCCUUUGUAAACUAGUAUGCCUACACAAGUCUUAAAAUAUGGUUAAUUGUUAAAAAAGAAACAAUGCAACAAUAUUCUUACCUAACCAAAAAUUGGCCGCGUGCCUUGCGCAGCGUCACUGCGCGGACGUUAAAUUUUAGGAUAUCGUUAUAAUUACUUAUUUAAUAGUAAGAUCGAAUUUACUAACGAUGCAAUUAAUUGCUAAUUGUUCUUAAAUUGAUUAAAGUUAUGUUCUGGUGCUAAAUAUACCGGCUGUACUGAAACUAAUCUAGUUCCUGUUUUAUUAUUUUUUUAAAGUUUUCUGUUAACGACCUUUUUUUUAAAUAAAUCUUGCCUUGUUGGCAGAAAACUUCGAAGCCAAUAACCUCUGUUUAAUUUAAUUAUUCGACUUAAAUUAUUCAAGAGUGGCGGUUUUGGACAAUGAAUUGCACUGAUCGGUGCUAGGCUAUCGAAAUAAAGCGUAUUUUAUUUUUUAAGUUAAUAUUUGCUCAUUGUAGGUAAAUUCCA